AUGGAGGACGAACUCGGACUGAGCGAGCCGACGUCGGCGCCAUCGGAUCCGUUUGGCAUGGAGGGCAUGGGUAUGGGUGGUGCGCCACCGCUCGACGGCGGCCUCGCCGAUGACUCGCCGCUCGGCGGGAUGGGAGAGAUGGACGCGAUGGGCGGCAUGCCGAUGGACGGCGGCAUGGGCGACAUGGGCGGCAUGCCGAUGGACGGCGGGCAGCGGGUAAUGGGCGGCAUGGGCGGCAUGGGCGGCAUGGGCGGCAUGGGCGGCAUGGGCGGCAUGGGCGGCAUGGACUCGGCCCCGCCCGACUUUUCGAUGCCCACCGAGAACAAGCUCGCCGAGCGUGCUUCGGUCGCCGCAGCGGCACUGUCCGAGAAGCAGGCCGAGGCGCGGAGCGCGCUCGACCAGUUUUACGCGGAGCGGAAGGUGAAGAGCGAGGCCAAGGCAAAGAGCAACAAGGAGGAGGAGGCGCCCUUCUUCCUGCGUUCGCCAGCGCUACGCGCGUCCUUCGUGGCCGACCGCGACGCGACAAUGGCCACGGACAGCUGGGAGUCGGAUGGCGAGAAAGACAACCCAAAGCCGGUGGACCGUAUGCGCGGGAUGCUCUUCAAGCUCAAGGCGGCGCCCGCGGCUGGGGUGGCGUUCUGA